AUGCCGAGCUGCUGUCGCGUAAGCAAAAACCGCCACGGCGACUUAUUACGAAGCGCAGCUCGGCAUUUUACCAUCUUCCCGAGGUCGCCCGCCCACCCGCUCGGCAACAACUUCCUAUCACCAUGUUGUCUUGACAAUAUCAAAACCGACUUGAUCGCAGAUAUAUUUUUUGAUCGCAAUUUUGCAAACAUGACAUCCCUCUCGGCUUUUGGAAAGCCGACAAAGGCUUGCACGACUUGCAAUCACCGGAAGCUGAAGUGCGACGCGGCUAUUGUUGGACUGCCCUGCAGCCGAUGCAUUUCGAAAGGAUAUCCAGAAACAUGCGCUCUUGCUAACAGACGCCGCCGCAAGCCUACGAUUUUAGGCAAGGGCAGGCGCCAAGACUUGGCUCGCUCAGAGACUUGCGCUCAGUCUACACGACAAGAUGAGUCGAAAUCCGUAGACCAACUACUGGAACCGCAUGACUCACCGGAUGGGCGCCCAGCACAGUUCCCAAAUUGGGAUCUCAUUGAUGGCCGUGAUGGAGUCCACUAUAUGAGCAUACUUGGCCGACUAGCCCGUAAUGAACAGACAUGCACGCUCAAGUAUCCGGGCUCAAAAGGCCUUACGGGUAGGCCGCAAAAGGAACAUGAAGGUCAAAUAAGCAAUCCGGCAUCGCAUACAAUGCGACUCAACACUGCAGACAGAGAGUAUCUCGAAAAAAGAGGGGUGUUUACUCUGCCCCCACAAACUUGCUGCGAAUCCAUGUUACGGCGACAUUUCACGACGGUUUAUCCGCAAGUUCCAGUUUACGACUACAUCGAGUUUAUGGACUCAUACCACUCGGGUUCUUUCUCAUGGUUCUUGAUGCAGACAAUCUUAGCCAGCGCAGUGCCAUUCACUCCGUUGGAUAUCUUGGCUGAAUGCGGCUUUGGAGAUCGUGCUACGGCAUUGGAAUUUUUCUUCUCAAACGCAGUGAAAUUAUACGACUUUGGAUGCGAAGGAAACCAGCUAAUCAAAUUACAAGGAUCCCUCAUCAUGAGCACCGUUCUUGUAUCAUACUCUAUGGACAAGGACUUUAGGUUUUGGCACCACAACGCCGUGCGUCUUGCGAUCAGGCUUGGUCUGCAUAAAGACACUAAACUCUUCUCUCGUCAGUGCCGUGAGAUCAUCUUUUCCAUCAUGCAUCUGGAAGCACCCAGUCUCAUUCAAUAUUGCACGCGGCCAGCUUCUGAGGCAGAAUGGGGGAAUGCGCAGGUCCCGCCAAGGCAUGCUGCUAUACUACCGCUAUGGACCGAAGGCCAAAAAUGUUACAGCAAUGAGCAUUUGAAACUGGCCAUCAUAGCCACUCGCUGGCAAAGCGUAUUACGCACACUGGAUCCGGGAGAAAAGUCAGCUCCUCAAAAUCUCGAUGAAGAGAUAUUCUCUUCCUUCACGGCAUGGAGAGAUUCACUGCCAAAAGCAACCGCGUUGGACCACGGCACUCUGCAGAGCAGGCCGCAGGAGAUCUCUCUAGAGACUCUUGAAGCAAGCAGCUAUCGAUUUGAGUGCAUCUUUUAUCGAUUAUUGCUCAAUCGCUCCAUCUCCAGCGGCCAAACAAGGAGCCGGAUAGAUGUUUUAAAACGGCGGCUACGCACAGCUAUAUUUGAGCUGGACACCAUUGUCAGCCGCCUCCUGGCGGCUGACCUCUUGAAAUUUGCGAAUCUAAACCCACCAAUUACAAAGUCCUUGACUAUAACAUAUCUUCGUCGCAGCGAGCUUGUUCUUCAAAAAAUAUGCGAGGUCAUUCCAGCCAUGGAAUGCAAUCUACGCCUUCUUCGCAAAUAUCUUGACCCGAAAAGACUUGAGGCAGCGAUGCUUAUGGACCCACCGCCAGUCGAGAGCCUGUUGCCUAUAGAAAUGCAAGAACAGGAAGCUCAGCAGCCGGGCAAAGAGACGCAAUACCUUGAGCAAAGCAUUUUUAAUGAGUCGGAGCGCCAGGCAGAUCUGACAAACAGCGCGGUUCGGCUAUCGGAUGAUGAUGCAUCAGAAAUGUUGGGUGACAUGAACGAUUGGCUAGACGGUCUGAUAUGGCUUGACUACUUGAAGGAUUCCAAUCUCAUACCCAACUAG